GGUGCAAUGGGGGGGGUGCCCAUGGGUGCAAUAGGGGGUGCCCCUGGGUGCCGUGGGGGUGCCCCCCGCUGACCCUUCCCCCCCCGCGCAGGCCGGGGGCCGCGGGGGCCGCGGGGGCCGCCCCGCCAUGGCCUGCCUGCACGAGACGCGGACGCCGUCGCCCUCGCUGGCGCUGGCCUCGGACGGGACCCCCGAGCAGGAGCUGACCCCCACCCAGUGCGUCCUGCGCGACGUCCUGCCCGCCGCCCCCGCCGCCCCCGCCGCCCCCCCCGAGGCCUGGCCCCGCCGGGGGGGUCCCCGGCACCCCGAGCUGGGGCCCGAGGGUGCGGGGCCCCUGGCCCCCGAGGGCGCCCACCUGCGCUGCCAGGCCGGGGGGGGGUUCCUGGAGGGGCUCUUCGGCUGCCUCAAGCCCGUCUGGACCAUGAUCGGCAAAGCCUACGCCGCCGAGCACAAGCACCCCCAGGAGGACCCCUGGGAGGUGCCGUUCGAGGAGAUCCUGGACCUGCAGUGGGUGGGCAGCGGGGCGCAGGGCGCCGUCUUCCUGGGCCGCUUCCACGGGGAGGAGGUGGCCGUCAAGAAGGUGCGGGACCUGAAGGAGACCGACAUCAAGCACCUGCGCAAGCUCAAGCACCCCAACAUCAUCACCUUCAAGGGUGUGUGCACCCAGGCACCCUGCUACUGCAUCAUCAUGGAGUUCUGCGCCCAGGGCCAGCUCUACGAGGUGCUGCGCGCCGGGCGCAAGGUCACCCCCUCCCUCCUCGUCGACUGGUCCAUGGGCAUCGCCGGCGGCAUGAACUACCUGCACCUCCACAAGAUCAUCCACCGCGACCUCAAGUCGCCCAACAUGCUCAUCACCUACGACGACGUGGUGAAGAUCUCGGACUUCGGCACCUCCAAGGAGCUCAUUGACAAGAGCACCAAGAUGUCCUUCGCUGGCACGGUGGCCUGGAUGGCACCCGAGGUCAUCCGCAAUGAGCCCGUCUCCGAGAAGGUUGACAUCUGGUCCUUCGGGGUGGUGCUGUGGGAGCUGCUGACGGGGGAGAUCCCCUACAAGGACGUGGACUCCUCGGCCAUCAUCUGGGGGGUGGGCAGCAACAGCCUCCACCUGCCCGUCCCCUCCGGCUGCCCCGACGGCUUCAAGGUGCUGCUGCGCCAGUGCUGGAACAGCAAGCCCCGGAACCGGCCGUCCUUCCGCCAGAUCCUGCUGCACCUCGACAUCGCCUCCGCCGACGUCCUCUCCACCCCCCAGGAGACCUACUUCAAAUCCCAGGCGGAGUGGCGGGAGGAGGUGAAGCUGCACUUCGAGAAGAUCAAGUCGGAGGGGACGUGUCUGCACCGGCUGGAGGAGGAGCUCAUCAACCGCCGGCGCGAGGAGCUCCGGCACGCGCUGGACAUCCGGGAGCACUACGAGCGGAAGCUGGAACGCGCCAACAACCUCUACAUGGAGCUCAGCGCCCUCAUGCUGCAGCUGGAGCUCAAGGAGAAGGAGCUGCUCAGGCGGGAGCAGGCGCUGGAGAAGCGUUACCCCGGGCUCUUCAAGCCGCGGGCGCCGCGGGGGCUCCUGCACGGCAACGCCGUCGAGACCCUCAUCAAGAAACGCAACGUCCCCCAGAAGCUCUCGCCCCACGGCAAGCGCCCCGACAUCCUGAAGCCGGAGGUGCUGCUGCCCAAGCUGGACGCGGCCAUGGCGCAGGUGGCCCUGCCGGGGUGUCCCAAGGGCCCCCCCUCGCCCGGCCGCAGCCGUCGGGCCAAGGGCCGCCAUCGCAAAGCCGGACCCCGGGGGGGCUGCGGGGAACCGGGUCCCGAGACCGGACCCCCCCGGGGACUUCCCGGACCCCCCCCCACCGCCGCCGGCCCCGAUCUCCUCGGGGGUACCCUGGAGGCUGCGGGCGCCCCCCCGGCCGCCGUCCCCGACGCGGGACCUGGGGGGGCGACGGGCACCCAAGGGUCCCCCCCGCCGCGGGCCCCGGCCCCCGGCGAGCCCGAGCGGGAGAGCGGGACCGGCCGGGGGGGCAAGGGGGGGCCCGGGCAGCACCUCACCCCCGCGGCGCUGCUGUACCGGGCGGCCGUCACCCGCGGGCAGAAGCGGGGGGUCUCGUCGGAGGAGGAGGAGGGGGAAGUGGACAGCGAGGUGGAGCUGCCGCUGCGGCAGAGGUGGCCCCCGGGCAUGAGCAAGCGCCAGUCGCUGUCGACCUUCAGCUCGGAGAACUUCUCGGACGGGGACGGGGACGGGGACGGGGACGAGGGGCACACGAGCGAGCCCUCGCACAGCGCCACCCCCGACGUGGGCAGCACCAACACGGACGAGCGCCCCGACGACCGCUCCGAGGACCUGCUCUCCCAGGGCUCCGAGAUCCCCCUGGACGCCGCCCCCCCCGAGGGGCCCGGCCGCCGCCACGGGGGGCUCAGCCCCAAGGUCUCCGAGGACUCGGACUGCGACAGCGCGGAGCUGGAUCACUCAGGCAGCGGCGAGGGGCCCCCCCGGCCCACGGCCCCCCCCCGGCCUGUGACCUGUGUCCCCCCCACACCCCAACCCCCCCACACCCCCCCCUGCACACACACACACCCCCCCACACGCCCCCCUCCCACUUGUACAGCCCCAAAUAUUUAUAUAAAUAUCUAUGGAUCUCUACGGAAAGCUCUGACCCCAAGGUCCCAUGUCCCCAGGACCCCGUAG